AUACUAAAACAACUCACAGUUUGUCUCUUUCAAACUUUCUUUUAUUUUGUCCCUUGAAAUUGACAUUUUAAAUUUGUGAACUCUCUAAUAAUCUCUAACCCUCUCCUUCUCCGUCGACUGUAUUCUUUUUUUCCUCGUAUUACUAGUAUAAACUCUCAUUAUAUUCACAUUUUUCUUUGCCUCGGUUUUUUCGCUGUUGGCCUAUAUAACCCACCAAGUUAUUUCGUGCACCUAACAACGCAAAGUCGCAACCAACCUCUUUUUCUCUUUUAGCAUUAGAUUUUUGGGUUCUGGAUUGUUGUCUUUAAGAAUGGCCAAUGCUAUGUUGCACCAAACAGUUGGGACUCUUCAACUUCAUGGCAGUUCUGGAAUUCAUUUCCAAGGUGGAAAUAAUUCAGUGAGAUUGGUUCCCAAAGGUUUCAAGGUGGAAGUUGGGUUCUGCAAGAGAGGGAUUUGUAGUUCCGGAGAGAAGAAAUUCAGUGUUAUUCAAGCCUCAGCUUCUCAAACCUCUGUUUUUGAUCCUGUUUUAUCUCCCUCUAACAAUGGCACGCAUGAAUCUCUCAAGAAAUCAAAUGAAGCAGCUUUGAUACUGAUUCGCCAUGGGGAGUCUUUAUGGAAUGAGAAGAACCUGUUUACGGGUUGCGUUGAUGUGCCUUUAACCAAGAAGGGAGUGGAAGAGGCAAUUGAAGCCGGCAAAAGAAUCAGCAACAUACCUGUCGACAUGAUAUUUACAUCAGCACUAAUUCGUGCACAGAUGACCGCUAUGCUAGCCAUGACACAACACCGACGAAAGAAGGUGCCAAUUAUCAUGCAUAAUGAGAAUGAGCAAGCAAGGGUAUGGAGUCAAAUACAUAGUGAAGACACCAUAAAACAAUCAAUUCCAGUUAUAGCAGCUUGGCAAUUGAAUGAAAGAAUGUAUGGAGAAUUACAAGGUCUCAAUAAACAGGAAACCGCAGAUAGAUUUGGGAAGGAAAAAGUUCAUGAGUGGCGUAGAAGUUAUGAUAUACCACCACCAAAUGGCGAGAGUUUGGAAAUGUGUGCUGAAAGAGCUGUUGCAUAUUUUAAAGAUGAGAUUGAACCCCAACUUCUAUCUGGAAAGAAUGUCAUGAUUGCUGCACAUGGGAACUCCUUAAGGUCUAUCAUUAUGUAUCUUGAUAAGUUAACCUCACAGGAGGUUAUCAGCUUAGAACUAUCAACCGGGAUACCCAUGCUUUACAUUUUUAAAGAGGGGAAGUUCAUUAGAAGGGGAAGUCCCAUCGCACCAACAGAGGCUGGAGUUUAUGCUUAUACUAGGAAGUUGGCUCAGUACAGGCAGAAACUAGAUGAGAUGUUGCAUUGACAUGCCCCUUUUCAGCAUAGGAGAGCCUACUUGCAUGAUCAUUUACAUCUACGAUUACAUUGGUUGUAAUGUCGGGCCAAAUACCUAAGGUCAGCUACUGUCACAGUUGAUUUUUCUUUUGGUUGCGGUAAUCUUAUAGUUCCAUCCUUACAAUUCUAGUUACGUGCAUCUCUGGAAAAGAUAGUGAACCCUGUAACAGAUAUACAUACAGCAAUAACAACUUUCCUUCAUUUGUGUUUGUAUUGAGAAACCAUGAAGUGCAAUUUUGAAUAUUCUUUUCCCCUCAA